AUGGUCGACCGCGUGCGCUCCUUCAACGUCGACCUCACCCCGAGGAGGCACCAUGGAUAUUCAGUCUUGCUUUUCAUCUUCGGCACGCUCUUCCCCCCGCUCGCCGUCGCCGCACGCUUUGGCAUCGGUGGCGACUUCUGGCUGAACGUCGUACUCACCAUCGCCGGAUACAUUCCCGGCCAUGUACACAAUUUCUACAUCCAGAACAUCCGCAACAACAAGACGCACCGGCGGACGCCCAAGUGGGUGCAGCGCUACGGGCUCGUCGACACCUCGGAGAUCAAGCGCAAGGAGCGCCGCUCGCAGUGGGCGAACCGGUACAACGACCGCCUCCCGCGCUCGACGCUCGACGGCCAGCCGUACGCCGAGGGCGAGGUCGGGGGCUCGUCGAUCGACCUCUCGGACGAGUCGGCGCCGAACCGCGGGGGCGCGCGCACGAACGCGAACGGCGGGCUCUGGGACCCGUCCGAGGAGCGCUACUACGGCGAGGGCCAGCACGGGCAGAGCUCGGCGAGCGUGAACACGGCCGGCUCGGGCGGGCGCUGGCGGUACCCGGCCAAUUUUGAGGACGCGGAGAUGACGGCGGGGAAGAAGGGCGCGAAGCGGGGGAAGAAGGAGAAGAAGGACCGGUGGGCGCGGACGGAGGACGCGUACGCGGCGCACGACGAGACCUCGAGCAAGCGGAAGAAGAGCAAGCGGAGCAGCAAGAAGAAGAGCGCGGGGCUCGACGUCGAUGCGGCCUCGCAACGGAGCGGGUCGACGACGGAGUUCCCAGAGGACGCCGAGGGCGGGCUGUACGGCGACAGGCAGCCCACGGCGGGCGGUGGAGAGAGCGAGGCGGCGCGGCGGACGAACGCUGACGACAUCUUUAAUCACGAACUCUGA